AUUGUCGCAAAAUGAAACCACUUGUUACAGUAAAUCACUUUUUGUCGAUGUAGCCUAUCCAUCCCAUCACUUCAGCACACCACCACAGCAUCUUCACACACCAAAACUGAUUAUGCCACAGAAAUUAUUUACACGCCAUUUUUCUGAAUACAGGCUAAAAUGCAAGGAACGUGCUUGUCCCCACCCCCCUGCCUAUGAACAACGAUUUUAAUGAUUUAUUGAUUCGCUUGAACAAAGAAACGAAAUAUUGUUGCACCUGUACAGAAUAUCAACAUGGAAGGCGUAGGAUGUUACUAGCGUCGGCCGUGGUGGUAUGGGAAUGGCUGAACGAGCACGGGCGCUGGCGGCCUUACAGCCCGGCCGUCUCUCACCACAUCGAGGCAGUCAUCCGCAACGACCCACGGGGUGGUAGUGUUGUCUUAGGCCAGGUGGACUCUCGCCUCUCGCCCUACAUCAUCGACUUGCAUUCCAUGCACCAGUUCCGACAAGAUACAGGUAAGACUAAUGUGACUGACGACCAUUCACACAACUGUGUAUUGAGGGAAUGUGAAUAUAGGCGCUGUGCUAUUACAGUGUUAUUACCGCAGUGAAACCGAUAAUGUAGCAUAGGCCUACAACAUAUCAGUGCAAUAGCCUACACUAUCCAGUUAGCCCGUAGAAACAAAAUAAUAUGGUUUAAUAACAGCCUUUAUGUUCUUGUUUUAAUAGGCAACCGCAUCUUAUGCAGACUAGCCUAUGUGUGCAUGUAUAGUCGUGUGUAUAGUUCACAUUUAUUUUUCAAGGCCUUGUUUGUUAACUGCCUCCAUUAUGCCAAACACAGAGGUUAUUGUUAUGUUUUUCUCAUGAUCAUGUGUUUUGCAUUUCACUAAACAUUCUUUCACAAGAGUCUUUCAGCAUCAUCAUUGUUGUCAUUUUUUCGAUUUUGGAUCUGCAUAGCAUGGGUAGGGGCAGAAGAGUAGCCUAGAUAGAUAGAUAGAUAGAUAGAUAGAUAGAUAGAUAGAUAGAUAGAUAGAUAGAUAGAUAGAUAGAUAGAUAGAUAGAUAGAUGGCACCUUUUUUUCUCAGAGUCUGUCUAUCUAGAACCUAAAAGUAGUUUUUUUUUUUUUGUCAAGUCAAGUUUUUUGUCAAGUUCCUUAAAUGAGCUUAGAAUGUUCCAAAGCCAAGCAACUAUCCUCCACCAUUCCUGGGAAAAUUGUAUGCAAAAUAACCAUAGGACAACCACUCUCUCACCAAACACUAAGAAACAUAUGGUUCUCAGAACGUUAUGUGCUAGCUGGGCAGUGACACACUGUACGCUCACAGCACUUGAGGUAGUGAGCGCAGAAGACAAACCACCUUCCAGUCUUACUGUACGUACGGUAGACUACAGAGGCAGUAUGUAUCAAGUGUAUCAGUAUAAGAGUGAUGAUUUAAGAUCGGUUCUUUUAUAUCACAAUAAAAAAAGAUUGCAUGGACAAAGGGGACCUGAUCCUAGAUCAGCACUCAUACUCUGAGAUGCUUGAUACAUAUGGCCCCUGAUAAGUGACAACUGUUUGAGCACACUUCAAAUCAAAUCAAAUUUAUUUAUAUAGCCCUUCGUACAUCAGCUGAUAUCUCAAAGUGCUGUACAGAAACCCAGCCUAAAACCCCAAACAGCAAGCAAUGCAGGUGUAGAAGCACGGUGGCUAGGAAAAACUCCCUAGAAAGGCCAAUACCUAGGAAGAAACCUAGAGAGGAACCAGGCUAUGUGGGGUGGCCAGUCCUCUUCUGGCUGUGCCGGGUGGAGAUUAUAACAGAACAUGGUCAAGAUGUUCAAUGUUCAUAAAUGACCAGCAUGGUCGAAUAAUAAUAAGGCAGAACAGUUGAAACUAGAGCAGCAGCACAGUCAGGUGGAAGUUGAAACUGGAGCAGCAGCAUGGCCAGGUAGACUGGGGACAGCAAGGAGUCAUCAUGUCAGGUAGUCCUGGGGCAUGGUCCUAGGGCUCAGGUCAGUUGAAACUGGAACAGCAGCAUGGCCAGGUGGACUGGGGACAGCAAGGAGUCAUCAUGUCAGGUAGUCCUGGGGCAUGGUCCUAGGGCUCAGGUCCUCCGAGAGAGAGAAAGAAAGAGAGAAGGAGAGAAUUAGAGAACGCACACUUAGAUUCACACAGGACACCGAAUAGGACAGGAGAAGUACUCCAGAUAUAACAAACUGACCCCAGCCCCCCGACACAUAAACUACUGCAGCAUAAAUACUGGAGGCUGAGACAGGAGGGGUCAGGAGACACUGUGGCCCCAUCCGAGGACACCCCCGGACAGGGCCAAACAGGAAGGAUAUAACCCCACCCACUUUGCCAAAGCACAGCCCCCACACCACUAGAGGGAUAUCUUCAACCACCAACUUACCAUCCUGAGACAAGGCUGAGUAUAGCCCACAAAGAUCUCCGCCACGGCACAACCCAAGGGGGGGGGGGCGCCAACCCAGACAGGAUGACCACAACAGUGAAUCAACCCACUCAGGUACCCUCCGACCGGUGCGUCGCAGCUUCUACGACCCCACUUCGGCGCCGGGCCAGGGCUGGUUGUGGGAGUGGGAGAACGACACAGGCUCGUGGACAGCCUACGACACAGAGGUGGGCAUCGCCAUCCAGGCAGCACGCGACCGUCAGCAGCCCUGGCUGGACCUGGCGCCACUGGGCUUCUGCUACCUCAUCGACUUUCAGAGCAUGACCCAGAUCAACGGGCAGACGCAGCGCUGCCGCCGCAUCCAACGCCGCUCCGACUUGGCCUACCCUCUGGUGUCGGGGCCCCUUCCCAAGACACACCACGCCUGGGGACCCAGCCCUGCAGGACUGCCGGGGGUGGGGGUUUCCGGAGUGGGCAUGGGGAACGGGAACGGUAGCGCCUACCCAAGCGGCGCCCUGCCGGCCUCUGCCAUCACAUCGCUGGGCCAGCCCUGCGCCUGUCAGCAAUGCAUGCUGGUCUUGAGCGUCAAGGCAGGCGCCAUGGCGACGGCUCACACCCUGGGCAGGAGGCCACCUCAGAACAAGCCGCACAGCCCCAAACUAGGUGGUGGUUACUCGGCCAUGGGGGGGUCUUACUCGCUGACUCUCCCCCGCCCCCCCUCCUCCAUGGCCAGGUCCUUGUCCCCCCACAGGACGUCCGCAGGCGGGGCUACCGGUGGUGUAGGGGUCGGCGGCGGCUUCGCCCACUCGCUCUCCCUCCUGGGUUCGGCCACCGCCGCACUCUCCCUCACCUCUACCCGGCCCCCUCCCCCGCCGCUACCCCCCCUUCCGCCUCCUCCACCGCCUCCGCCCUCCUCCAUCGCGUCCAGUGUCAUUCUUCCUCCCUCCUCUUCCUUCUCCAUGGUGUCCUCCGGCCCUCCGUCAAUGCCCGCGCCGGCUCCUCUUCUCAUCUCCACGGCAGCCUCCUCCACCCCCUCACCCUCCGCCCGUGUCCUGGGGCCCGUGUCUUCAGCAGCGGCGGCCUGUGCAGCCCCCCUGCCACCUCGUGCCAGCCUUGCCGGGCUCAGCCGACCCGCCCUGCAGCGCAUCGCCAUGGCCCAGUCCAGAGCCCUCAUCGCCUCCGGUGUCCCGACGGUUCCUGUGAAGAACCUCAAUGGAUCUAGCCCUGUCCACCCUGCAUUGGCAGGUAUUACAGGGAUCCUGAUGAGUGCCGCAGGACUUCCUGUCUGUCUGACCCGCCCUCCCAAGCUGGUGCUCCAUCCCCCGCCCGUUAGCAAGAGUGACAUAAAGCCCGUCCCCGGCCUCGGCCACUGCUGCCGCAAGACCACCAAGAAGCAGGCUCGCAAAGGCAAGACCCCUGAGGAAGUAGUGAAGAGGUACCUUCAGAAGGUCCGCAACCCCCCAGAGGAGGACUGCACUAUCUGCAUGGAGGCCCUGGCUGGGCCCUCGGGAUACAAGGGCCCCGGAGUUGGUGGAAUCCAGCGGGCAGAGUCGGUUGGUCGCCUGGCUCAGUGUGGGCACCAGUACCACCUGCAGUGCUUGGUGGCCAUGUACAACAACGGCAACAAGGACGGCAGCCUACAGUGCCCUACCUGCAAGACCAUCUACGGCGUGAAGACGGGGAACCAGCCACCCGGCAAGAUGGAGUACCACGUCAUCCCCCACUCGCUGCCCGGCCACCCUGACUGCAAGACCAUCCGCAUCAUCUACAACAUCCCCCCCGGCAUCCAGGGGCCUGAGCACCCGAACCCGGGCAAGCCAUUCACCGCCCGGGGAUUCCCCCGACACUGCUACCUCCCUGAUAGCGAGAAGGGACGCAAGGUACUGAAGCUGCUGCUGGUGGCGUGGGACCGCCGGCUCAUCUUCUCGGUGGGCACGUCUAGCACCACGGGCGAGUCGGACACGGUCAUCUGGAACGAAGUGCACCACAAGACUGAGUUUGGCUCCAACCUAACAGGCCAUGGCUACCCCGACCCAGGCCACCUGGACAACGUUCUGGAGGAGCUUAAGGCCCAGGGGAUCACAGAGGAGGAGUGCCUACCCAGAGACUGAGCUAAAGACGGGCCAAUGGGGAAACAGCAACACAGAGACUUGUUCUGACUCUGGAGACUUGAGACAGAGCUUAAACAAUGAACAUACAGACUCAGAGCGACACAACGGAACAGAGAUGAGAAGAAAUAGACAAAUGAAUAUGUAAAUUUUUUUUAAAGAGAAAUACAGAAAUUAACACAGACAGCGCAAAUGUGACAGCAACAGAAACCGAAUGCCUGAAAGACUGCAUACGAGAAGAAAUGACUGAACGGGUGAAUAGAUGAGCCAAGAAAAAGAACCAACCGCACAUUAAACAAAUAGAGAAACAGACAAAUCGACUGUCUGACUGUAGUUUCUAGCGACACUGACUGAGGUACAACAUCAUACACCCUCUGAACAGGUGGGCUGUGGCUUAGCUGCAUAGGUAGGGUGUAUGAUGGAAUGUUUUAGUUUAUUUCUGCUACAUUAAUGGUGGCGUCACAAAAUGUCAUUCAGUGAGACGUUUGAGGCAACAGCGCACAUACAAUUCAGUGUUGGACAGAAGCUGUUGUUUACACUGUGAGAGUUUGACAGGAAUGUACGGAAUCUGUAUUGGUCAAAUUGAAUUCAAUGGUGAACCAAGUCACCAGAGCUGCUGUAACGGGUAGGAUGAACGCUAAAAAUGGGUAUUAGUGGGGUUAUGAUAGAUGGGCUAAUGAAUGGUAGAGGGCAAAAAAGUAUUAGACCACCGGCAGCAGAGUAACAAGUCUCUCAUUUACAGAAAACGUUCAAAAUAUUUAAUGUUAUGACUGGAUGUGUGAGCAUGAAUGUGUAAUGCCCUCUAGUGGUACUUGUCGAAAAAUACAUUCCCUUGGCCUCUAUAGGUUUUCUUCUGUGUUUUAUUAAUUGCUGUAUCAUUUUUGAAAAUGCGUUGUUGUACAUUUUAAAUAGUUGUUAUAUAUUGGCUCGGUUUGAGUUUCAUAUCAUUUUUAGAUUCCAUUUUCUUUUCACCUGGUUAACCACUGUAUGUUGUCUGUUUGAUUGCUACAGCAUUGUUUUCUAUGUGACAUUGUAAGGAAAUGAGUCAGGCUUGACUCUUCCUCGAGAGGGCUCCUAAAUAUUACAAGCCUCUGUGGGUGUCUGUGUGUUAAUAUCUGAGUUUUUACCUCGGACGAUUUAAGACUCGUCCGUUGCCAGGCCCUUUCAGUGUUAGUGUUUUGGGAACCCUCUCGGUGGGGUGGGUGAGCCUAAAAGCACAAAAUGAGAGUCCUUUUCAAACCAUGUGUGCAUCUCAAUAGUCUUACAUAGCUUCCUCUCCAAUUCUUUCACGUCAUUGCAGAUGAUUGAACAGGGAUGGGGGGUAGGAAGGGCACUAGACUAUUGAGAUGCACCCCAGAAGGAAUUAAAUCAGAUAUAAAGCUAUGAUUGGACCUGCCACGUGAGGUCAGAUUUGCACUGCACAGAGCAUCGUCUUUCUUUAUUCCUUUAGUCAAAAGGAAACAUGGAAAGUUAGGCAUGACCUUAAGAAGUUAUAACCGUUAAAACUACUUUGGGUUUCAUGUUCUUUCUUUUAGACACCAGCUUCAUUCGUCUCUGAGAAAAGCGAACCUUCUGCUGUUUUUGCUGUAAGGAGGGACAAAGAUUUGCUCUGUCGUCGAUCUAACCUGUGGUCAAACGGUCCAGUCGGUUUGUGUUAGGUCCAUGACGGACCUGCUUAUAAAGCGGUACUAUUGACAAUAUGUUUGAGUAUGUGUUAACAUGCAAAUGUUAGGCCAACAUUUAUAGUUUAUAUUUUUUCUGUAUGUAUGUGUGUGUUUAUGUAUACAACUUUACAUUAAACAUUUUGUAAAGGUAUGGUUAUAACGCAACUCUAUACUUAAUGAAUUUUAUUUAUUGUGCUCUAUUUUUUAUAAUUUUUAUCAAAUUGUUUUUUUUGUAAGUGGCAUAUCAAAACCACAUUUUUAUUUAUUUUUUACUUUUAUUGUUUAGCCACAUUUUACAGCUGUGUGACAGCUGUGUGACUACAUGAUGUCUACAUAUCCAUCACUGCUGGAUUGUACUUUCUGGGUAAGGGUACUGCAUUUGGCACAUGUUAUGUGACCCUGUAUCCCCCCCUCUCCCCAAUGAUACCAGCAGCUGGUUUGGAUGUCUUAUGCAGGACUUGAUGUAGUCAUGUUUUAUGUCUAUUCAGUUCUUGCACUGCUCAGUUUGGCACAUGUCAUUUUCUUUCCCAGACACAGUUUGACUACAUGUCCGUCAAUGGGAAUAAAACAACGGUUGAAGGCUCAUGACCACUUUGUAAAAAAAAACUGUUAAUAAAACCUUUGUAAAAGUUGUAAUGGAGAGAACGAAUGACGUUGAGAACUAUGAUGGCAGAGAAAGUAGUAACGUAUAAAACUACAAAAGACUUGCAUUUAAAGUAACAGUGGGACAAUUAAAAUAGCAGUAUGAUGA